AUGGCUAUCCCACCCGAACAAUCAUCCUCAGCUUCACAGCUCGAAGCAGCCUCGUCGUCAGCUUCGAGUGAUCCAGCGAAAGCCGAACAGAUCUACAGGGACAUACUGUCGAAGAAAGCAGCCGACGAAGAUGAACUUCGAGAUCAGGAGACGGCGCUGGUAAAGCUAGGAGCUUUGUAUAGGGAUCACAACAAAGCGAAGGAGUUGGCUCAGCUGGUGACGGAUUCUAGGACAUUUAUGUCACAAAUCGCUAAAGCGAAAACAGCUAAACUGAUCCGAACCCUCAUUGACUACUUCCCACCUUCAUCCCGAGAAUUACAGAUGCAAGUGACGAACGAUAAUAUCGCCUGGGCAAGAGAAGAGAAACGUGUAUUCUUGAGACAAUCAUUAGAAAUCAAAUUGGUCGGACUUCAAUUAGAUUCAGAACAAUAUAGAACGGCAUUAACGAUGACCGAGAACCUCCUGAAAGAGCUCAAACAAUUAGACGACAAGAUCAUCUUGACUGAGGUGUACCUGUUGGAAUCUAGAGCGGCUCAUGCUAUACAGAAUCUACCUAGAGCCAAGACCGCCUUAGCUUCCGCUCGAACCACUGCCAACUCGAUUUACUGUCCACCUUUACUUCAAGCUCAAUUAGAUUUACAAUCAGGAGCGAUCAACGCCGAUGAUAAAGAUUACAAGACUGGUUAUUCCUAUUUCUUCGAAUCGUUCGAAGGGUUCUCGCAGAUCGAUGAGAAGGAUCAAAGGGCUUUGAAGAGUCUGAAGUAUAUGUUGCUUUGUAAGAUCAUGAUGGGUUUGCCCGAUGACGUUACCCCUUUACUUCUUCUCAAAUCUGCCGCACCUCACGCAGGUAAAGAUCUAGAUGCCAUGCGUGCCACGGCCAAGGCAUUGAAGGAAAGAAGCUUAGAAGAGUUCAAAGUCGCUUUGAGGGAUUAUCAAGAGCAGCUUCAACAAGAUCCAUUGAUCCGAUCUCAUCUUUCUCACCUAUAUGAUACCCUUCUCGAACAGAAUUUGAUCCGAGUUAUCGAACCGUAUUCUGCUGUUGAACUAUCAUGGAUUGCUCAGGAGGUAGGACAGAGUUUACAGGUAGUUGAGGAGAAGUUAAGUCAGAUGAUCCUCGAUCAAGUGUUUUAUGGUGUAUUGAACGAAUCUGCAGGAACGUUAGAAGUGUACGAAGAACCUGUGGAGGAUCCAAUGUACAAUACCGCUCUGGAUACGUUGAAACAAGUUGGUGAUGUCGUUAGAUCAUUAUAUGAUAAAGCUACGGGCGGUGCAUAA